GCGGUGGCCGCAGCGCGGGGCGGGCGGGGGGAGGGUCCGGGGAAGCCGCGGCCCCUCGGGGGCGGCGAGCGGAGCCCGGCGGCAGGUGGCGGCGGCGGCUCGGCCCCUUUAAGGCUACGGCUACCGUAACCCGAUCCCCGCCGGAGCAUCCUGCGCCCGGGAAGGGCUGUCCCGUCCCCGACGCCGCGGGGAAGGCAUGGAGGAGGAGGAGGCGGCGCCGCAGCCCCCGUAACCCCGGUCCCAGGUUGAAGAACAAUGGCUUCCUUCAGCAACCUGACUAUUGGUGUUGCUCUUGCCAGUUUUACUGUAUUUCAGCUCUUGUUCCAUGUUGUAAGUUCUUGGGUGUCAGCACAGAUAACACCUGGUUUUAACAAUCUCAGCCAAAAAAGGAAGAUCGAAUGGAAUUCAAGGACAGUGUCCACAUUCCACGCCCUGGUGGUUGGAGGGUUUUGCCUUUAUAUUUUAUUGUACGAUGAUGCUGUUAAUGCUGACCAUCUCUGGGGUGACCCUUCAAUUGUGAAGCUGAAUAUUGCUAUUACCACAGGCUACCUCAUUUCUGAUCUGUUGCUUAUUAUUUACUACUGGAAGGCAAUUGGUGACAAAUUUUUUGUAAUACAUCACUUGGCAGCUCUGUAUGCUUACUAUUUUGUACUGAGCAAAGGUCUGCUGGCUUAUUUUGGAAACUUCCGUCUCCUUGCAGAGUUCUCCACUCCUUUUGUCAAUCAGCGGUGGUUUUUUGAAGUACUGGGAUAUCCCAAAUCUUCAAAGGCCAACAUCAUCAAUGGUGUGCUGAUGACAGUUGUGUUCUUCGUGGUGAGGAUUGCCGUCAUGCCUGUCUAUUACAGCCACGUAAUUUCUUCAUUUGGAACAGAAGGUUUCCAGAGAUUAGGAUUUGCAGCCCAGAGCGCCUGGAUGAUCUCAAGUGUUGUCUUGGAUAUUAUGAAUGUGAUGUGGAUGGUCAAAAUUGCAAAAGGAUGCUACAAGGUCAUUUGUCUUAUUGGACAGGAGGAAGCAAAAACUCAUAGAAAUGGAAAAUCUGCCUAGAAAUCAUACAUAAAUGAAAUUUCUGCUACGAAAAUAAUUUGGGUUCACUGAAACAGUGCACAUUUCUGCCAUGGAAUGCUCCUAUUAUGGAAACAAGGUAUUACCUCUGUACUGACCUUACUCUUUCCCUAGCCACACUGCCUGCACGCCCAGGGCCACGCUUUGCGGAUCCUGUCCUGUGAGGAAUAAAAGCAAAGGCUCACACAGAUGAGUUCCACAUGCCUGUUGUAAGCAGUUGCAAGCAUCAGAAAUUAGAAAGGAGCAGACUGGUUACUGCUUAUUGUCCACCAGUGUGUUCAAAGUGUUUCUCUCAGGUUUCUCUGAUUAAAAUGUUUUAUAAAUCCA